AUGGCACCGACGAAGCAGCGCGUAGGCGCACUGGACGUCCGGGCUCUCGUGGCUUCUGUCCGUCCGUCAAUUGUCGGCUUGCGUGUCACGAACGUAUACGAUUUUUCUGCGGGUGGCAGCCGGGGCGGCACAAGCAGCAGCUACAUCUUGAAGUUCGCGGGAAAAGAGUCGAAGGUCUUUCUCUUCAUCCACGCCGGCUUUCGCUUGUACACCACCGAGUGGAAAAAAGACAAGGGCGCGCUGCCGUCGCCCUUUUGCGUGCGACUUCGCAAAGGUCUCCGAGGCAAGAAACUCGAAGACAUUCACCAACAUGGAGCGGACCGCGUCGUCAUCCUCACCUUCGGCAAGAGCGAAAACGCGCUCCACCUGGUCGUCGAGUUGUACGUGUCGGGGAACAUUAUCUUGACAGACCACACAAACCUGAUUCAGGCCGUCCUCAGACGCCACACCCUCUCCGCUCCGGCUGGCGCAGCUCCGGCAGAAGGAGGCCGCGAAGCGCGUCAAGAGACAGAGCAGCGCAUCGCCGUCAACGAAUACUAUCGCCUGGACCCACCGGAAAUGUCGCUGCUCCGAGACGCCAUUCGCCCGAUUGACUUCUCUGCGGACGUCGUCAAACGCCAGCUGACAGCCAUACAAGAGGCUGCCUGCGGCAAGGACACAAAGUCCAAAACUCAAGUCACCUGGGCACAGGCUCUUGGCCGCCUCGCCCCCUUCGUCAGCCCCGCGCUUGCCGUCCACGCGCUCCUGGCGACCACCGGGGAUGAGAGUGCGAAGAAAAGAGUCGUGACGCAGGAUGGACUCGACGAAGCUGUCGAGAGUUUGCGGCGCGCUGUCAUGGAGUGCCUCAGAAUGCUUCGCGCCGUGAGCUCCGCGGAGGAUUUCCUUGGCGCCGGACCUUUGCCGGCCGAGUUGGAGUCCCAGGCUUCGGCGACGCCGCCCGUGGAAGGCUAUAUUGUGGCUACGCGCCGCUCCGCCUCGUCUGCAGAGGAGAAGAGUCUUUCCUUCUCUCUGCUUUACGACUACGAAGAGUUCUCUCCAGUCGUUCUCCGCCAGUUCGCGGACUUGCAGGUGCUGCCCUCCCCUCAGGACAUCCAGCGCGAGAGAGAAGAACGCGCAGCCGUCGCUGUCCAACGCCUCCAAGUAGACAGAAACACAAACUCCCAAAAGGAAGCGGACGAGAAGGAAGAGGAAGAAGAGCAGGGAGAGAAAGGAGAGAAGGAAAAAAAGGGAGAGAAGGAUAACGAUGAGGGAGGAGACGAUGAGGUAGGGAACGCAGAGACGAGAGCUACCGGGGAUGUGGAAUCGGCGGUGGCUGCAGUGCAUGCAAACGUGGCGCCGGGGACGCGUGUGUUGCUUCACUUCCGGGAUAUCAACAUGUGCGUGGACGAGUAUUUCAGUAGCGUCGAUGUGCAAAAGAGUGAGCGGGCAGAGGCGCAGGCGCGACAGGAGGCGCUGAGUCGCGUAGAAAAGAUCAAAAGCGACCAGGAGCAACGCAUGCAGCUCCUCGAGGAGGAGGCCGCGAAUCUGCUCCAGCAAGCCCAGGCCGUGGAGGCGAACGUGGUGCUGGUCGAGCAGAUCAUCCAGCUGCUGCGAGCGGCGCUGGCGACAGGCGUGGACUGGGACGAGCUCGGGCGUCAGAUGAAGCUGCAGGCGAAGGAGGGGCACCCUCUCGCAGUCCACGUACACGAACUGAAGCUCGAGAAGCAGCGUGCGAUGCUUCUACUGGAGGCGCCUCGCCGCGAGGAGGCGGAAGAGCCUGGCGAGGCCUCCGAGACGAUUCUGGUCCCGGUCGAUGUGGCGCUCUCUGCCCAUGGGAAUGCGCAACUCCUUCACUCGCAGGUGAAGCAGCUGAAGGCGAAGACCCAGAAGACUUCUGCGGCGACUGCGGCGGCCCUGGCGGCUGCAGAUCGAAAGGCACAGCGCACACUGAAACAGAAGGACCAGCAGGUGCUGCAGGCUCAGCAGCAGCUCCAGAAAGUCCGCAAGGCCUUCUGGUUUGAAAAGUUUCACUGGUUCAUCUCCAGCGACCACUACCUCGUGCUCGCCGGCAGAGACGCGCAACAGAACGAAAUCCUCUUCCGCCGCUAUCUGCGCUCAAACGACGUGUACGUACACGCCGACGUCCACGGUGCAGCCACCUGCAUCAUCAAGAAUUCGAGAGAAACGGAGCCAGGAAAGUGUGACGAUCCACCCGUCCCCCUCACCACUCUCCAACAGUGUGGAGAAUUCGCUGUCUGCAGAAGCAGCGCGUGGACCACCAAGAGCCCCUCUGCAGCCUGGUGGGUGUAUGGACGCCAGGUCUCGAAGUCCGCCCCCAGCGGCCUGUACCUCAGCACCGGUUCCUUCAUGAUUCGCGGCCGACGCAACUUCAUUCAAGUCCACCGCCUUGAGAUGGGAUUUGGGCUCCUCUUUCGCUUGGCUGACGAGGCAUCCGUUGCCCGCCAUGUCGCUGCGCGAACGCGACUGGCACUCGAAGAAGCUGGAAGCGAAGGUCCCCAAGGCUCCCCUCCCUCUUCCUCUUCGUCGUCGUCUGCUGUGCUUGCUGAGGGAGAGAGUGGAGCAGAGGGGAGUCGGAGAGGAGUGAAGGCGUCCGUGGGUGGCGAGGACGAGUCGGAAGAGGAGAAAUCUGUGAAAUUUGGGUUUUUGGAGGCCGCACAGUCUGCGUGCAGCUCAACGCAAGUAGAACUCUCCGAGAGAAGACGGCAAACGCACACGGAGUUCCUCAGAGACACAGCCAUCGAGCAUCGCGCGGCGACGGAGGCUCCGCAGGAAGUUGUUGAAUCUCGUCGCGCGUCGGGUGCCGAGGCUACAGGGGCCUCAGAUGACGGAGACCCAGUUCUCGCCCAACUGGAGAAGCAGGAAGAGCGACAGAGACAGCUGCAGGAGCAGCUGAAUCAAGUGAAAAGCCAGCUGGAGGAACAACUGAGAAUGGCGACCAGAAGCCCGUCGGUUGGAACCCAGCAUGCGCUUCGCGGUGGCCGACUUUCGAGGUGCAGCGUCGAGUUCUCCCCGGCAACGCUGCAGGACGAGGCGAAUCAAGCUGGCAGAGACAGUUCUGUGGGGCAACGCAUUCGCCGGAGACAUCCGACAGGACACCUGAGUGUGCAGGACAUUGCGGAACUGCGAGGCGCAGCUGCGGCGGCAGAGGUCGUCGAGGUGCAGGAGUUCGUUCGUGGGGAGCAGAGCCGGUUGGAGGAAGAGGCGAGGAGCCGCCGUGCUGCCGCUUCCGACAGAGUGAGUCGAGCGCCUUCGGAUUGCCCUUCUUCUUCCUGCUUUGGAGGGGACAUGGCGGAGGAGUUGCGGCCGCUGCAGCAGGAGUUGCUUCAGCGGCAGUACAGCGCAGAGACGCACCAGCUGUUGAUGGCGGAGAAGCUGCGGGAGGUCGCGCUGCAGCGGGGGACGGAGGAGAUGAUGGCCCGCGCUGAGAGCGCGCGCAGCCGGCGCCCCUCGAAGCUGGGGAAGAGCGAGGGUGACGACUGUCAUGUCACCUUCUCUCCAGAUCCACCCAAGGUGGCGGAGAAAACGAUCAGUGCGCUGCAUGUGGACUUCGACGGCUUGCCUCCAGAAGUCAUUCCGCGACGCGCGGAACCUGCGAGUCUCCUGCUGGUGCAGAUAGAGGAGGAACUGCGCGAAGCUCGUGGAGAAGAAGACGCAACUGGAGACGAAGACCGAGUGCCGUGGGCGCUCCGCAGGAGAGCUACGGGGUGGGCGGCCUGGCAACCACCCGAAGCGGAGGAAGAGGGAACGCAGGCUGAGUCCGACGGAGACACCCGCUCUCGAUUCCGCGCAGAUGAAGAAAUAGGCGGUGGUACGCGCGGUGCGUCAAGGCGCCUAUCCCCGCAAGCGCAUGGGGGAGACCGGGCGCCGUCUGUGCUUGUGGGGGGCGAGGAAGCAAAGACAGAGCUUGCUUCUUCGAGCUCUUCAGGGUCUGCAGAGAAAGGGCAGACGCAGUCGCCGUCUGGUGGCGCACCCGGCGGGGAGAGGGACUUUCUUGCUGUCGAAAACUUGAGCAGAACGGGUGCAGACAAGGCAGCAGGUGGAAAGCGAGGCGCGGGGAAGCUCGAGAACGCGAGACGCAGUCCUUCGGUGUGCAGCGAAAGGUCGGCGACCUCAACUCAUAGCCUCACGCCUGCAGGCAGUCGGAUCAGCAGACGGAUGAGCGUUGAUGAAGGCCCACCGCCAGACGGCUUCACCGAAGAGACUCUCCCCACCCCACGGGAACUUCUGUCGCACAGCAGCAUCGACUUUCAACACAGUGGAGGCGACGAGGCAGAAGAGUCAGUUGACGACCAGGAAAUCCACAUCAUUGUGCGAAGGUUGUCGAUAAAAGAGGAGAAGGAACUGUUUCGGUGCCGGAGCGCAGAUCACGGCCCGACCCCAAAAGGAUUCUGUUCUGGGGAUGUGCCAUCUGCCAAGGAUCUCCUCACUCUGCAACAGUACCUGUCCGAUAAACUCGGCUCUCCAGCGCGUUCGGAGGAAGACGACGGAACGACGUCGGCGGGGACGAGAAGAAGCCGGCGAGCCGUCAGCGAGGGCAGCGCCUCUGCGUGCUUCGAGAGAGGCCUUUCGGGCAGGGUGGGGAGAUCAAAGGAAGACUUUUUCCUGGAUGUAUGCGCGAGGGAACUUGCGAGCGCUGGAGAAGGGGGCGAGACGGAAAGGAACAGGAAAAAGGAGCCGGAGGAAGAAGAGGGAGAGGAAGAGGAGACGGAGAAGAGCGCGGAGGAGCUGCAGAAAGCAGCGUCUUCUGGCGAAGAGGAGGACACCACGGAAGACGAGGAAGACACGGACGAUGCAGUGAAAGAAGAAACGAUCAACGCUGAGAUCCCUUCAAGGAAGCGGAUGUCUGCGGCGGAGAGACGGCGGCAGAAGAAGGGGAACAGAGAGGCGAAGGACGACCCAGCAGGCACGGCAGAAGAAAAGGAAGACAUGGGAGGAAAGGAGAAAGCGAAAGGCCCUCGCCUGCAGCCUGUCCCCAGGGGCAAGCGGGGGAAACUUGCCAAGAUGAAGAAAAAGUACGGAGACCAGGACGAGGAAGAAAAGCAAUUCAAGAUGUCGCUCAUCGGUGCCGAAGAGAUCAAACGGGGCGGACCGACAGCGACAGCAAACGCGGCAGCACCUGCAUGCGCGGCGAAGAAACUCCCGGGUCGCAAGGCUGCUCAGCAGCGGGAGGAAAGGCGGGAGUUGAAGGAGGUUCUUGAGGAAGAAGGAGAUGAGAGACUCACGGAACAAUGCAGCCAAAUCGACCUUUUGACAGCUUCCCCGCUUCCCGAAGAUGCUCUGCUCUGCGUUGUGCCUGUCACAGCGCCCUACUCGGCUAUGAGCAAAUACAAAUUCAAGGCGAAACUGGUGCCAGGUUCAAUGAAGAAGGGGAACGCAGGCCAGGCAGCCCUCAGGCACUUUCUUCAACAGGCUGACGACGACCGCCAGAAGCAACUGAUCAAAUCCAUCACGCUCGCAGAAGUCGCUCUCUCCAUGAUCAGCGACGUGAGACUCAGUGUGCCGGGCAUCCAGAACCAGCUGACGGCGGCGAGACGCCAGAAGAAGGAGCAGAAGAAAAAGACCGUCACAGCUGAGGAGUAA